AUGUGGGCAAUAAGGUUUCUCUCGCUGCUGCUUCUCUCGCUUGCGAGCAAGGGUUGCCUGGGUCAAUCGACGGCCGCGAUCCGUGGCAAUGUCACUGAAGCAGAGCUUGACACCUUCCGGCUCUUUGCCGAAUACACGGCCGCCGCAUAUUGCAACAAGUCACCCGAACGCGUGUCCCAGAAGAUUGUUUGCAGCUCGGACGCCUGCCCCCUAAUCGAGGCCCACGAAACCACAAUCGUUGCGACUUUGGACGACGACGGUGACAGGGCAGGCGGAUACAUCGCUCUGGAUAGCACGGCAGAGAGCAUUGUGGUUGCCUUUCAUGGCACCAUCACUGCUGCCGGUUAUGUGGCAGAUUUGAAUGCGUUCCUCCAAGAUGACGACCUCUGUGAGGGAUGCCAAAUCCAUGCAGGUUUCAGAUCUAUUUGGGCUGCCAUUGACGAGGUCGUGAUGGAUACCGUUGAGAAAUUGCACAGCGAGUAUCCCGACUAUUCCAUCUUCAUCACGGGUCACAGCAUGGGCGCUGCAGUUGCCACCAUCGCCGGCGCGAAUUUGCGCCAAAAGCUGCCAGACGUGGUGAUCGACGUCUACUCUCUGGGAUCCCCCCGUGUCGGCAACCAGGCGUUUGCCAAGUACGUCAGUGCACAGCCCGGCAGCGUCUUCCGGAUCACCCAUGUCAACGACCCAGUUCCCCGGCUUCCCCCAAAUCUGUUGGGUUACUAUCACACCGACGUCGAAUAUUGGCUCUCGACGGGCGGUGCGACGACGAUCGAUUACACAGCAAAUGAUGUCCUGGUCUGCAAAGGUUACUUCAACAGGAACUGCAAUACCCAGAGCGAUUUCUUUGGGUUUGCUUUCGUCGCGCACAUCAAUUACUUGACCAGCGUAGGGGCCUGCAAAGAGUAGUAAAAAAAAAAAAAAAAAGAGAGAGAGAGGAAAAAAAAAG